GGUGUUGUGAUCUGUUGACACAGCGGAAUCGGAAAACUAACGCGCAGUAUAUAAAAACGAAGAGUUUAGACUUUGAAGUUACACAGUACGCCCAGAACGUAGCGAAGUGCACAAGAACUCGACAGCAUAAUGGCAACCAAAGUGAUCGUUAUCGCUUUCCUGUGUGCCGCCCUGGUUGCGGUUGUACAGAGUGCUCCACAAUAUUCGCAAGGUGAGGAGCCCACCUAUGAUGAGGAUGAUGAUUUGAACGAACCUGUAAAGGCACAUUCGAAUGCCGAUCCGUCCGCAAGUGAUGAAGAGUUUGAUCCCAGCCUUCUGACCGAUGAUUUUGCUAACGCGCCCGACCCCGGAAGACGCCCCCACUUCCUUGAGCAGGACAAGGAAAGCCAACAACCUUCCAAUUCGGAUUCGUCAUCGGCAUCAGCUGAACAAUAGUGAAAUCGUACCAUAAGUGGAGUCAGAUAAGACUCAUAUAAAAUAUAUACGCAUCAAUAAAAUUACGGAACCGGUAUUACAGUC